AUCCUCGAAUGGAUCAAGGUCAACAACAUGUGGGAUUGAUUAAUGCCGAGCGCCCCCGGAAUGCCGAUAAUGGUUACCGUAUGGCACGGGGGGGCAUCAGCUCCCAUCAACCCAUUAUCAUAUGACAGGAAAGGGACUCCCAUUCGUCGCUCCCUCCACCUGCUCACCCCCUGCCAUCAAGAAAACACACUGCUCGUUCCCAGCCACAAUGCUGCACUCGCGCCCCACGCCUCACCAUAGGUGAUGCCCCAUCCCCUCCACCACCAUCCGUCGACUCCACCAUGACGGGCACUUUCGAGCUCGCUGUAAUCGACACCUCCUGCCUCGAGCCACCGUGCAAGAAACGCAGGCUCACCCACACUGUCGCCCUCGAUCUCUUCGAUUCACCGCGGCCCUCCUCUCCCGAGCCCCCCCAUGAGAAAACACCCCACGCUCAUCCCAGCCGCAAGGGAGGUGACGACAAUGACGAGAUGAUGGCGGAUGGAAUACUUCCGAUGGCGGCGGUCCCGGAUGUCAUAUCUACGGCCUACGAUGACUAUGUCUCGGCCCUGCCGCUGAACAUACUUUUCCAGGUGAAGGUCACGAAUAAUGCUGCCGCGAGGGAGGUGUUUCCCGAUGCACUGCUGGGUCAUUCCAUACGCUUGUACUACCCCGAAUAUAAGUCGUUCGCGCGGUUCAUGAGGGAAGGGAUUAUUGCGGGUCUACGCCUGGAGAGUGCCCGGGAUGUUAGGAACAUCAAGAUUGUCGCCAAGAAGGCUGGGGAGGUUGUCGCAGAGCUGGACAUCCUUUCGGACGGCGAGGUGUGGGAAAAGGCUAUGCGGGAAUUGAGGAAAAUAGGGAUUGGGAAACAUGGCGAAGGGGGAAGGAAGAUGGCGAGCAGUGUGCGGUUGACAUUGGGGUUGAAUUAUUGGGGGAGGUAGUAGUGGUAUUAUUAUUAUUAUUAUUGUUGUUGUUGUCGUUG